GCGCCUUCAUUCGUUGACUGGAAGCCGAAGGUGGCAGAGACUGUGUGUCGCAAUUCAGCACUGUAUCAGUACACGGUCGUUUAAGUUCAAGGUCCGCAUUGUCAGUGUUAAUACCAGGUGAGACGAGAGCUUGCGCGUGGGCGCCCGCUUUUCCUCCCGCUCAGUAAGAGGCCGGCAUCCACGCCGCUCGCACGAACCUGACCGCCGCCCAAGCGCCGAACGAACGACUCCAAGAUGGCCACUGGCCCUAAGAUAGUGCACAAGCAGUUCAACUCGCCCAUCGGGCUGUACUCCCAGCAGAACAUACAGGAGACCCUCAACAAGCACCUCCAGAACCUGGACAAUGGCACUGUAGGGAUCGACUUCAACAACCCAGGCGCCAACAAGCCAGCCAACCUCGCCAACUCGGCCGUUCUGCGCAUGCUUGAGGAAGAAGAGCGCAACCGCAAGGGACUUCCUAAGUUAGAUCCGACGCAAAUCCAAGCAAUAAUGGACAAUUUGGUCCUGGCACGGCGUCGUUUUGACAGCUCGUGGCCACCGCGCAAAGAGGAUUCAGUCCGACGGGGAUGGCACUUGCUAGAUACCACCGGUCACAUAUAUUCUGAUUGCUUGAAGGCUACUAAAGGUCAGAAGAAAGUCGUUUGGCCACCGGUGCCAGAAACCAACGGCUACCAUCAGACCCAACAGCAGAGCCCUGCGUUCUACAACAACGCUCAGCACUCUCCAUCGCAACAGGCACAGUACUCACCCUCGGCUCAGCCCCAAGCACAGCCCCAGCCUCAAUCCCCUUACCUGUCCCCUCAACCCCAAUAUCAACCCCAACCCCAGUAUCAACCGGAGCCCCAGUAUCAAUCCCAGCCCCAGUACCAACCGCAGCCUCAGUACCAGACGCAGUCGCCAGCGUACUGUGAAGGCAAGCGACAGCAAUCGACUGGGCUGAGUAAGCUGAUCCCGGUUGGACCUGGCGCCUCUCCCGUAGCCCCCUACCGAAAGGGCCCGCCUUCGCCGAAGCCCUACAGUCAACAGAACAGCCGCUGGGCCCCGGUGCCCGCUCCUACUUCUCCACAGCCACAGUACACGGGGCAGCCGCAGUAUUCGCCACAGUCGCAGUACUCGGAGCCACAAUACCAGCCGCCUCAGUAUCAGCCCCCGCAGAAGCAGUUCGAACCACCGCCGUCCACCAUCACUCUGCGCCAACAGCAGCCAGUCCACCAGAAGCCACCCCCGGUCUUCCCCAGCCAACCUGCUACAGCUUCUUUUAAAGGAGGUGUAAACAUGCGUGGAGAUCAAAAGUGGCCGCCGCAGUCGGUGAAGGAGGCCGUCGCAGCUGAGAACGAAGCGAGAAUGAUGCUGGCCAAAGGACCAGCUUGCAGACCGCGCAAGGUAAACAGGGAUUACUCUGGCUUCUUCGCAAAGCACGCUCUCAACAACAACUACCCUGGCUACCGCGCGCCCCCUGGCACUCAACACUUUGAGGACCAUUCUGGCCGAUCUUCAUACUAAAAUAAGAUCUUAGAAUACUAGAGUCACCUGAUUUCACUCAAUAGAUUCGAUUAUAUAGAACAUAAAUAAUGUCAAUAUUCCAAAGGAUCAUUUUCUUUAGCUACAUGCAUAAAUCCGUUGCACGUAAGUGUCUUAAAACAUAGGGGGUAAGUGCUCGGAUGUUAUAAAUGAGGAAUCAGCAUCUUAUGUCACAAAAUGUUUAGAUAUCAGGGUAGGGGACGCCAGAGUAAGUACUUGUGUAGACUUUACUCGAUAAAGUCUUAGCCUCAAACUAAGUACUUAAAAUAAAAAUUAAGCACUGAUUCUUUGAUAAAAUUCAGAGUAAUAAACAUAUUGGUAAUAACCUAUUCCUAGCAACGUAUAGUCUGUUAGGAUUAGUACAAAAUAUGUUUUAAUACUGUUUUACAUAUCUACAUAUAAACAUGCACAAAACAUGUUUAUUACAGCCAUACAAACGUUAUCAGUGCUUAAUUUUAAUGUUAAUUUAUUUACGCGGUAAUCAUUAUGUAGUUUGUAAGGAUUAUAAUUUAAAAAAAUAUAUAAAAAUAUAAAUCAUGCUUUAAACCUUUACGAAAUCAUUUAUAUAUGUUGAAUAUGCAUUAUAUUAUUUAAGAAACAAUAUGCGGCUAAGUUUCGAUUUUAAAUAAAAGGCUUUUUAACGCUUUUAACAAUAUUAUUAUGUAAAUAAAGCUCAAUUGCUGCGCUAUUGGAUAAAAGCGUACAAAUUUGUAAACAACCAAAGCUAUUAUUAACAAUUAUUCAA